GGAACCUCCACGGGCCUGACCUCCACAGCUCUAACCUCCACAACCUCCUCCACCACCUCUUCCGAGACCUCAACGGCCUCCUCUUCCACUCCAGGGACCUCCACAGGGGUCACCUCCACACCUCUGACCUCGACUGUGGCCUCUACCACCUCAGCUGAGACCUCCACGGCCUCCAGCACAACUCCAGGCACCUCCACAGGCCUCACCUCCACACCCGUGACCUCAACUGUGUCCUCCACUACCUCCUCAGGGACAUCCACGGCCUCUACUUCCACUUCAGGAACAUCCACAGCCCUCACCUCCAUUCCUUUGACCUCGACUUUGGCCUCCACCACCUCAGCUGAGACCUCCACGGCCUCCAGCACAACUCCAGGAACCUCCACAGGCCUCACUACAACCCCCAUUACCUCCACUGCCACCUCCACCACCUCCCCAGAGACCUCCACGGCCUCCAGUACAACUCCAGGGACCUCCACAGGCUUCACCUCCACACCUGCGUCUUCCUCAACGGCCUCCAUCACGUCUGGACUGACUUCUUCUCCAUCUACCACCACUGAAACCACCUCCACCGGUGUCACUUCCACCACCACCACCCCAACGACCACCACCACCACCACCGUUCCUCCAGUGGUCUGCCAGAACGGAGGCACCUACGAUACCAUCAAGUGCCUCUGCCUCCCUGACUUCUACGGCCCCUUGUGCGAGUUCUCCAGCGACUCCAUCACCACCGACAUCCCCAUCGAGGGGACGGUGGUGGCCAACGUGGAGCUGGUGGUGACCGUCACCAACUUCAACUACACGGAGGAGCUGCAGGACCCCUACUCGGAGGCCUACGAGAGAUUCGUGAGACAUUUCCGACAGGAGAUGGCCAAGAUCUACAGCCCCGUGCCCGGCUACGAGGGCGUGAAGAUCCUCAGCAUCAGGCCGGCGACCUCCAGCAAGGGGGGAGCCCGCGUGCGCAGGGCCUCCGUGUCCCUCCCCGUGGGCACCGGCCUCGAGGUGGAGCACGAGGUCAUCUUCAGCACCACCGCCAGCCCCGACCUGAGCGAGGAGUUCCAGAACAAGACGCAGGAGCUGGUGCAGAAGCUUCGGGAGACCGCCGACAGCCAGGGCGACUGCAACCACAACCUCACCGUCGUCUGCCUCGUGGUGUCAUCCAGCCCUGUCGUCAAGAACAUGACGGAGUCCCCUUCGCUUGACGCACUGUGCCAGCAGCGGGCGCCCGUUGGCUACCAGGACUACUACUACGCGCUGAACCUGAGCAGCACCGUCCGCUGCGUCACCAACUGCACGGCCAACACACCCAUCACCCUCGACUGCUACCACGGCCAGUGCCACGUCACCCGCGCCGGCCCACAGUGCUUCUGCUGGGAUGAAUCGCUCUACUGGUACACGGGCAGCCAGUGCUCCGGGCGCGUCAGCAAGGUGGCCACGGGGCUGGGGGUGGUGGCCACGGUGCUGCUCGUCGCCUGCAUCGUCUUCGUCGUGCUGCUGGUGAAGAAGAGGAAGGAGUGGAGAAG